AAUAUAAAAAGGACUAGCACAGGAAAGACUUAAGUCGCCGCCCGCCGCGCCGGACGGACGUCUGCGAUGUUGCUCCUCGUGUUGUGUGUCGCGGCCGCCGCCGCCGGCUACGUUGAUAAACAAGCCCCCCCGCAAUGGAGCCCCGUGUACUCGGUGAAGGGCGCGCUCAUGAUCCCUUACGCUGAGCUGGUCGAGCCCUUCUCUGCCUGGUUCGAUAGCAAGAAUGGCAAGUCCCGCAUCGACUAUUACGGCCAAAUGGUCAAGACCUACCAGAUGUCCUCGACGGUGUACCCGAAAUACGGAACAAUGAUCAAAAUCGCGCCGGUAACCACAGAGACCGUCUUGAACAAGGAGACGUGUCUGCAAGUGAACGGGACGGACGGACAGACGGUCAACAUACAAAACGUCCUCCCCGAUAUGACGGACUUUAAAUACAUUGGCACUGAAAACAUGCGUGACACAGAGGCGUCAAAAUGGCGUAUGACGACCACUGUGGGCGACAAGAUCAACAAAUACACCAUGUGGGUCAAAUACAAGAAGGACUUGAGGGGAGACGCCCUGCCCAUACCCAUCAGAUACGAAAUGAAGGGGUUCAACUCCCUGCUGGGCUCGCACUAUGAUCACUACUACAUCGAGUAUAUGGACUACGAUGUUGAAGAUAUCGACCCCGAUGUCUUCAAAGUUGACCCGGGUAUGGAGUGCACUUCCUUCCCCGGCCCUGGCAUCCGUCACAUGGCCACCUUCAACCCCAUGAAGGAGUUCGUGCACCCCGUGCACGAGGGGCACGUGCACGACGAGUUCAACAGAUUCAAAAACAAGCAUGGCAAGACGUACAACAGCGACGUCGAACACGAGAAGCGUUUAAACAUCUUCCGUCAGAACCUGCGCUUCGUCCACUCGCACAACCGCGCUCGACGAGGCUACACUAUGGCGGUCAACCAUCUGGCUGACAGGACUGAUGAUGAACUGGCUGCCUUGAGGGGCAGGAAAUACAGUGGACCCAACCCAGGGCUGCCGUUUCCGUACGCGCGAGAGGACGUUGCAGAGGAAAGCGACAAGUUACCCUCCGAGCACGACUGGAGGCUGUUUGGCGCCGUCACCCCUGUUAAAGACCAGUCGGUGUGCGGGUCGUGCUGGUCGUUCGGCACCGUGGGCGCGGUGGAGGGGGCCCUGUUCCUCAAAAACGGGAACCACCUCGUGCGGCUCAGCCAGCAGGCGCUGGUCGACUGCUCCUGGGGUUUCGGUAACAACGGUUGCGACGGAGGCGAGGACUACCGCGCGUACCAGUGGAUCAUGAAACACGGCCUGCCCACCGAAGAAGAGUACGGCGGCUAUCUGGGACAGGACGGGUAUUGUCACAUCGACAACGUGACCCUAGUGACCUCCAUUAAGGGCUGGGUCAACGUCACCACCAACGACGAAAAGGCUCUCAGGCUGGCCAUCUUCAAGCAUGGUCCCAUCUCGGUGGCCAUCGACGCGUCGCACAAGACGUUCAGCUUCUACUCGCACGGCGUCUACUACGAGCCCGAAUGCAAAAGCAAAGUGGAAGAGCUCGACCACGCGGUACUUGCGGUCGGGUACGGCAUCCUCAAAGGUCAGAAGUACUGGCUGGUGAAAAACUCGUGGUCCAACAUGUGGGGUAACGACGGCUACGUGCUAAUGUCGUCCAAGGACAACAACUGCGGGGUCAUGAGCGCGCCCACCUACGUACUCAUAUAGAU